UGCCCUCCGUUCUUGGCAGUGGCGCCCUCCCUGGCAGCGUCCGCCUCCGUCGCCUGCCUUCCUUUGCGCGUGGAGCUUCCGAAGAGCAGCCAAAGGGCAGCCCGCUGGUGGCUGAGCUCAGCGCUUCCUCGGGCAGCUCUCAGCGCCGAUAGAAGAAACUGACCCAGGAGAGCGGCGCAGCCUCCUAGACGCUGGACGACAACGGAACGGAAGCCCCUUUUGUCCUAUCGGAGGCGAGGCGACUUUGGCAGAUUCUUCCGAGCGCGCCAGAUGACUUCCUGAGCAAUCAGAGGCAUCUCUAGGCAAGAGAAGCCCUCCGCUGGGACCCCGGCUCGACCCACAGACAAGAGCUCCCACAGAAGCAACAGAGGAUAUGCGGCUAUGCUGACUGAAACCAAACUCUCUGGUUACACAGCUCUCCAACAAGUGUUAGGAUGGAUAAACCCACAACCACAUCCAGCAGCUCUUCCCUAGCAGUAGAGAACCCAGAGGUAGAGUCAGACUUUCUCCGAAGUGUGCAUGCUCUUCUUCGAGAACUUGAUGGUCAACGUCCAGCCUUCCAGAGUGAGCAAGGGAUGCUGCGAUGGACCUUGCACAAGAAAAUUGACAGGAAUCUGAGCAAUGGAGUCCUCUUGGUCAAAAUCUUGGUGAAAGAAUUGGAAAGGGCAGAAAGAUAUGGCUAUCGACAAUAUAUCAUCCCCUUGCUUCAUACGCUGAUGUACACCCUGGUGAAGACAUCUGGCAUUCAUCCUGAUUAUUUGAAUGUGGGGGUGUAUGAUUUCUGCAAGAAGUUACUUACCCUGCCCAAACCUUACUGCACCAUUGGGCUGCACUAUGCUCAGCAGUUAAAACUGGAAAGGACAGUACCAGGAAUAUUAUAUCAAAGACUGGUCUCUGCAGAACAGAGUCUCAAGAAUGACGCAUUCCCUUAUCAGAAAAAGGUUUUCAUGUUUGCAGACCCAGAUCUGAUCUCUGAGGCUGUGUGCAGGGCAAUUGCUACUGAGAUCAAGGCUGCUCGCACAUCCCAAUCCACCAGAUCCUGCAUGAUCUAUGUGAUAGAAUAUGCUCUUCAAGAAGGGCUGAAAGAACACUGUGAUUUUAGGAUAUUGCAAGCAAUUCUUCAGGCAAAGCCCCUAGAUGAGAUUGAGCACUGUUUCCAGAAGGUGGUGGCAGCCAUGGAACGUGCCGGAAGAGAUUUGAAUGCAGAAUACAAUCAGUAUGUUGAGGAACUAGAAAAAAUCUAUAGCACAUUAUUAACCACUUCAAAAAAAGAUGAGGAGGCUGCAGCAGAAGGAAACCCAGGCAUCCCUUUGCCCAACCCCAACAUCAGCUUCCACUUGUGGACAGAUGAAGAUCAGCUCUGUGAAGACCUUGUGCUGUUCCUCUGCCCACAGAGUCAGUCCUGUGAGGAUGACUCUCUGAAUCAAGUACUGGAUAGCUUUGAGAUUCAACAAAUGGGACCUGACUAUGACGGCUGUGAGCAGGCACGCUUCUCUGUGCUGUCCACUGACAGUGGUAUUGAACGGGACCUCCCCCUGCCAGAUGAUGAAGUUCCUGAGGCUGAACACUCCCGACUCCAGAGGAAGGGGGGCAUAAAGAAGAGGACUUCUACUCUAGACUGCUUAUCACUCCUACAGACUGGGUCCAGUGGGCAAGGUGCAAAGCCUGCUGGGAAACUGCACCGGAAAUGUGGCGGUAGUGUCAUGGAACCCAUCGCUCAGAUGAAAAGACUGCACACGGCUCAAGUCUUGGUGCUAGGUGAUGACAGAGUUUUGGCGCGCCUUGUCCAGGCCUAUUAUUCCUUGAGGAAGCGAGAGAGCAGACGUGCAUAUCUUACACCUAGGCUAAAAGUGCAGUUUUAUUAUGUGCCUGUGAUGGAAGAACAGCCCAGCUCUCGCUCCAUGGAGGAAUAUGCUCUGCCUGACCUGGCAGAGCCUUGUGAGUUGGCUGCUUAUCUUGGAAGAGUUGAUCCAUGGUAUGAGAGCAAUGUCAACACCCUGUGUCACAUGAUUCCGAAGCUGGCCACCAUGCCCUCUACUCCAAGUAAAACUUCUGUCUCAGAGUUGUUCAUCAUUGAUGUGAUUGCAUAUUAUGUGCGUCUGGGUUUGCAACCAAUCUACUUCCAAGUAUAUACAGUGAAGCUUUUCUUCAAGAAUGAACGUUUGGAACCAGCUGAGGAUAUCUUCCUCACUGAACUGCUUGUAACCCUGGAAGAAUAUGAACCCUCCAGAGACAAUCUGCUGAUGAAGAAAAAAACUAUGAUAGAGGUUCCUGGUGCAGAUGUUACACUUGUGUAUAAAAAGGUUUCGCUAAGUAACCGUGAGAAAGAGGAGACUACUUCUUUGCGAUCCACAGGCUUGGUUAUGAAAGCCAUUCCUUCAAAUGAGACUGAAGAUCUGGUGUGCUUGAAUGUCAGUACUGCUGAAAUUGUAAAGACAGCCAACCUCUCAGGACGAUCAUAUUCUUUACUUACAAACAAGAUUCGAACGCGCAACAUCAAAAUGCAAAGCACAGAACAAAGAUCCUUCACUGUGUGCCUGGACAAGGACUCCAGAAGAGUCUACAAGAAUGUGACUGGCAUUGAAGUUUCCCCAUGUUUGGAACCUAGCUAUUGCUUGCAAAAGACAAGAGCCAGGCGGACUAGUUUGUCAGGAGAUGAAGAUGUAGGACUGGCCAAAUACUUACCCAAGUCUUUGUUACUACCCAUUAAUACUUUUGCAGGCAUAAUUCAAUGAAGAAGGUAAAGUUCAGUUAUUCAGAUCCUUUGCUGGGGUGCCACUGAAUACCCCAAAGCUUGAGGACUAAAUAGAAAGGGCUCCAUGGGAAAGGCAAAUGAGUCUGCUGUAGGAAACAGCCUGGCCCAAUUUGGAGAAGGUGAGAGAUUUUGUAACAGGGCAGAUAAUAAACUGGGGAACAGAUGGAAGAAGAAACAAUAAGGCAUUCAACCUUCUUUCAGUGUGCCCUGCAUAUUAAGCCCAGGAAAAAGUGUUGCAAGGAUAAUUUACUUGAGUAUUUUCUUACACCAUGAAAGGAGAGGACAAUAGUUGUUUUUUUGUUUCACCUUUCACAGAUCAAAUUGAAAUUAUGGUAAAUAAAUGUUACAGUAAAUAAAUUUUCCUUCAAAUACUUCCUCAGACUCAACUCAAGAUCAUAGCUCUGUAGAAUUAGGCCCUGUUCAAACAUGUCAGAGAUAUGAACGCUAUUCUGUAGAAUUGCCACAGGUUGAUGGUGGUCACCAAAUUAAAGAUUUAUAAUUCACACCACAGAUUCAAAUAUUUAGUAAGAAAGUUAUUGAGAUGGGGUUGUAUAUGCAUGUCCAUGAAUUCCCAUCAGAUUUUACCAGUCAAGGAAAUACAAAAUAUAAUUGGAAACUGGAGUACCUGGAAACUUGGAAUACUUGGAAACUGUCCUAUAUAUAGUAGCUGUGGGAAACUGCACAAAAUGAAAAGUACCACAGACAGGACAAAAAUCUCGGUGACAGAACUAAAGCAUUUUGCCAUGAGAACUAGACUAUGUGUGUUUUAUAGGGUGUUUUGACUAUGAAGUCAAUCAGACAUGGAUGAGCAGCCUCCAGCACAGGUGGCAUAGACAGAAUGAGCUUGUGGCUCUUUGAUUCAAGAACAGGAAGGUGAUGUGGCUGAUUGUGCCAUGAUGUGCCAGGUCUAGCUUCCUGCUUUCUCUCUAUAAGUGCACUGCUGCUUUUCCUGUAGCUCAGUAGACUAGAGGAAAAAGCCACUGCAAGGCUCAGGAGGCUGUGUAUGUAUUGCAGUGUGCAUUAGAGUAGGGAUUAAGUUUGACCUUUAUUUGUGGCACACUUGGACACCACAAAUUAGAGCAGAGAUUGCAUACAGCUCACCAGCUCUCCGACUUCUCAUCUGCAGCUGUUUUUCUGAACUGGAAUCCUGCUAAACAACACACCAACCAGGAUGUGGAGCCUAGCCUGUGUGCUUUCAAACUGUUGUCUUCUAAUUCACAUAAACUCUGUGGCUUCAGCUUCAGUCUGGCAUUCUGUGACUGGGUUUAUGAGUCUUUUGUUUUGUUUCAUGCUUCCUUUAUUGGCCACUUGGCUGUAUUAUCUCAUAUUUAAGGUCUUGCAGAAUCAAGGUAUGGACUCUCUAUUAUAUGGUAGACACUAACAUAAAGUGCCAGUGGUUCCAAGAUUUAUUUAUUUAUUUAUUUUUGAGAUUUCUAUGCCGCCCUACCCAAUGGCUCAGGGCGGCUAACAACAAGUUUAAAAAUUGAGUACAAUAAAACACUGUUACACAUAUAGUAAAUUCUGGUGCUACAAAAGCCUACAUAGAAAUACAUAGAAAAAAAGAUGAAUAGGAUGGUAUCCAGAAUAAUUAUUAUUAAUUAAACCUGUAGCUCUUUCUGGACGAGAUUCUCAAUCUUGCAUAUCAAGCAGGUUCACAGAACAGUAAAGGGUUUGUUUUGUUUUGUUUUAACAAAAGUCAAGCUAUAGCUUAGGCUUCAUCUUUCAUAAAAGAAUUCACUGAGCACUUAAACUACAAAGUACUUUCUUCCACUUUGGUGCAUUCUGAAGAUACUGAAAAAUGUGCAGAUGUUAUGUGUCUCAAAGACACAUAGUAGGGCUAUUCGUGCUUACUAAAACUUCUUACAUAUGCUUAAAAGCUUUUUUUUGCACAGCACUUUGAUCCCUUGUGAACAUUGCUAGGAGCCAGUCUUCCUGGUGUCCAUACUGUCCUGUUUCAAAAAUAUGAGGUGGUCAUUUUGUCUUUACGAAAAGAUGUCAGUUCUCUUGUGCUGUAAAACCAUCAUCAGAAGAAGUUUGGAGAUUUCCAUUUGUUAUUCUGAUGAUUUUCCUAGAGUUUUAUAAACUGUGCCUCCAUGAGUGUCAUCCCACAGACAGAUUUCAGUAUGACGGCAAGUUGGUAUUUGCUUACUUCAGAUGUGUGUUGCAUUCAGUUUUAGCUUUCCAGUAAUCAGGGUGUAUUUUAUAUUCCCUUUAUCUUUAGAACACACUUUAUGUACUUGAAUUAUUUCUCAAUCAACAUGUAUUUAUACCUAGCAUUUCAUGCAUCUCAUGUAAUAAACAGCCUGUUGCCCUUGAGAGUUCUUGCCACAAUAAACUGGUCCAUCUCCAAGGUGUUAUGGAAUAUUGUCUGCUCGCUGAUACAGACUAAUAACAUCCUACUUUUUAUAAAAAGUAGUACAAAUGGCCCACCAAUCAUGCUUAAGGAUAUAUUUAUUGCUCAGCAAAUCACACUCCACAUUUCAAGAGCAUGACAGAAGAUGCUGUCACAGUGAGAGGUUCUAUGUAUGCACACUUCUUCAGAUACCCAGAAUUAAACUUUGUGGGUCUUAAUAGUACCACUGGACUCAAACUUUAUUCACAAAGAACAAUGACUUUAAAAGAUUCCGACAUACAUGCAAUCUUGAGUUUUCUUUCAUUGGUUCUCCAUGCAUGA